GUCAGUAGCAGUCUAGCUUGCUAACUUUACCGGUCCGGUUCAUUGACAGAGGACAGUGCCGAUAAAAGUGAAUUAUUUCUGUCAAGACUACCCCUGAACUCAUGGCCCAGUUCGGAGGACAAAAAAACCCUCCCUGGGCUGCUCAGUUCGCUGCAACUGCGGUAUCCCAGCCUGGCCACUCUGGACAGUCUCUCGACCUUAACAGUCUACACUCUCUGGGAGUGCAGCAACCCUCUCUCCUAGGUGCAUCCCCCUCCAUGUACUCUCAGCAGUCUGCCCUGGCUGCUGCUUCCCUCAACACCCAGUCAGCUGCCAACUACCAGCUAUCUCAGCAGACUGCAGCCUUGCAGCAGCAAGCCGCAGCUGCAGCCGCUGCCGCCCUGCAGCAGUCUCAGAUAAACUCAGCCCUGCAGCAGUAUCAGCAGCAGCAGCAACAACAACAACACCAACAACAGCAGCAGCAGCAGCAACAGCAGCCACCUCCACAACCACCACCACAACAGCAGCUCUACAAUGUCCCUCACCAGCAACAUCGGCAUCCCUCAACAGACUCUUAUGGGCUCCCACAGCCCCAACAGGCGCUGCUGACUCAGAACUGGACGGGUGAAAACAAGUUUCCGCCCCCUGUGGCCUUGCCGACUAGUCUAAGCCUGUCCAACCCCCAGCAGACAGCCCAGAUUACAGUGUCCUAUCCCACACCUCGCUCCAGCCACCAGCAACAGACCCAGCCCCAGAAACAGCGUGUCUUCACUGGUGUGGUCAACAAGCUACAUGACACCUUUGGAUUUGUGGACGAGGAUGUCUUCUUCCAGCUCAGUGCGGUGAAGGGGAAGACUCCUCAGGUGGGCGACAGGGUCCUAGUGGAGGCUGUGUACAACCCCAACAUGCCCUUCAAAUGGAACGCUCAACGCAUCCAGACCUUACCUCAGUUAGCCAACCAGUCGCACCAACAGCAGCCCCAGCCCUUACCUCAAGUUUCCCCACAGCUGGGCAACUUUUACCCUGAUCCAGGGAUGCAGCAACGCUACUCAGACAUGCACUCCGUCGUGGACAACAGACAAAAUAGCCAACCUCCAGGUCCUAUGAUGAAGUCUGCUCCUACCAUGCUGCAGUCUCUACCACCACCCACAAGCUUCAGUGUCCCCACCCAGGGUCCCCCUCCCUCUCUUCUGCAGGCCCAGCUCUCUGCUGCCUCCCUGGCUCCCCUCCUCCAGAACCCUCCCCAGCCCCUGCUGCCACAGCCUCCUCCCAAAGAUGUGUUCUCAGGGGGUCUCCUCCAGCCCCCAGUGAGAAUGAUGCCCCAGCCUCAGCCGGUCAGAAGAAUGGACCCCACACCUCGCUUCCCCAACCGCAACGACCGUCCGGAACUCAUCCUAAGGACCAAGGACGAACGCAGUCGCGAGAGAGACCGCGAGCGUCGGCGGUCACGGGAACGCUCGCCCACACGCAAGCGUUCCAGAGACCGUUCCCCACGGCGUGAACGCUCCCCUCGACGUCCCCGGAGGGCGGCCCCCCGCUACACUGUCCAGUUCUCCAAGUUCAGCUUGGAUGGAUGUAACUGUGACAUGAUGGAGCUGAGGCGGCGUUACCAGAGCCUCUACAUCCCCAGUGACUUCUUUGAUGCCGUCUUCACCUGGGUGGACGCCUUCCCCCUGGCGCGGCCCUUCCAGUUCGGCAACUACUGUAACUUCCACAUCAUGCACAAGGAGGUGGACUCUCUGGUCAAGAAUACAGCUGUGCUCGACCCACCUGACGCCAACCACACCUACAGUGCCAAGGUGAUGCUGCUGGCAAACCCCAGCCUAGAGGAACUCUAUCAUAAGUCCUGUGCUCUGGCUGAGGACCCCCAGGAACUUAGAGAUGCCUUCCAACACCCCGCCCGCCUCAUUAAGUUCCUGGUAGGGAUGAGGGGCAAGGAUGAGGCCAUGGCCAUCGGGGGUCACUGGUCACCCUCUCUAGAUGGAGCGGACCCAGAAAAGGAUGCUUCUGUCCUCAUAAAGACAGCCAUACGCUGUUGUAAGGCUCUCACAGGCAUUGACCUGAGUUUGUGCACUCAGUGGUAUCGUUUUGCAGAGAUUCGCUAUCACCGCCCUGAGGAGACACACAAGGGGCGGACAGUCCCUGCACAUGUGGAGACAGUGGUUUUGUUUCUCCCGGAUGUUUGGCAUUGUCUUCCUACCCGCUCAGAGUGGGAGGGGCUGUCGCGCGGACUCCGGGAGCAGCUGGCUGAGAAGCUGUCGGCCGAGCGAAAGGAGGCGGAUGGAGAACAGGAGGAAGAGGAGAAAGAUGAAGAAGAGUUGAAGGAGGUUACCACGCCCACACAUUGGGCCAAGCUCGACCCGAAAUCAAUGAAGGUGAAUGACCUGCGUAAAGAGCUGGAGUCUCGCUCCCUGAGCUCCAAGGGGCUGAAGUCUCAGCUGAUUGCCCGCCUGACCAAGCAGCUGAAGGUGGAGGAGCAGGUGGAGGAGGCCAAGGAGCCUGAGAAACCAGAGAGCCUUGCCCCCGAGGAGGAGGAGCCCCAGCGUGUCGAAGAGGACAGAGAGGAGGAGGAGAGGAAGAAGCAGGAAGAGCUGGAGCGCCAGCGCAGAGAGAAGCGUUAUAUCCUCCCCGACGAGCCCACCAUUAUCGUCCACCCAAACUGGGCAGCCAAGAGCGGCAAGUUCGACUGCAGCAUAAUGUCACUCAGCGUGCUACUGGACUACCGGCUGGAGGAUAACAAGGAGCACUCGUUUGAGGUGUCCUUGUUCGCAGAGCUGUUUAAUGAGAUGCUGCAGAGGGACUUUGGGUACCGCAUCUACAAAGCCCUAGCCUCCGUGCCCUCCAAGGAUGACAAGAAGGAGAAGAAGGAGAAAGCCAAGAAGGAGGCAGAGAAACGGGACGUGAAGAAGGAGGACGAGAAUGGAGAGCCGGCAGUGAAGAAGCCGAAGGAGGAAGAGGACAAAAAGAAAGAGGACGAGAAGGAGAGAGUACUGAAGAAAGAAGAGUCUCGUGAUGAAGAGGAGAACGAGGACGAGAGCAGCAACACCAACGCUGAGGAAUAUGACCCACUAGAGGCCGAAGAUGCUGAUGAUGAUGAUGAUGAUGAUAAGGAUGACGAAGACUCCAAUGGCAGAGAAAGGAGGGAUGAGCGCAGAGAUGACAGGAAGUCCAAGGACAGGUCCUCCAAAGACAAGGAGAAGGAGAAGAAGCAGAUGGUGACCUACAACAAGGACCUGUUAAUGGCAUUUGUCUACUUUGACCAGAGCCACUGUGGCUACCUGCUCGAGAAAGACCUAGAGGAGAUUAUGUACACUCUGGGCCUGCACCUGUCCCGUGCUCAGGUAAAGAAAUUGUUAAACAAGCCAGUGGUGAGAGAAUCCUGCUUCUACCGCAAACUGACCGACCGGGCAAAGGAUGAGGCAGCUCUGUCUUUCAGCGACAUCCAGCUGGAUAACUUGCUAGGGAACCGAGCUCUGCUGUCAGGCCCCAAGGCCAGCGCCAAGCCCGCCGAGGGCUCCGAGUCAGGCAGUCUGAUCGUCUUCAACGGGGCAAUGGUGGACGUGGGCAGCAUGAUGCAGAAGCUGGACAAGAGUGAGAAGGCUCGGGAGGAGAUCGAACAGAAACUCAUGCUCCAGGAUUCCAAAAUGGACGAGGGUGCUAAAGUGAUGAUGCAGCUGGAGCAGGAGAACGGUGAGAUGGCUAAGGAGCUCCAGGAGAUAAAGAGCCAUCUGGAGCAGACAGAAGAGAGCCUGAAGGUGGUGGAGGAGCAGAAGUCCCAUUUCUGCAGCCAGCUCCACAAGACGGCUGACAGCCUCACUUCCACCAUGAAAGAGCUACUGGGAACCCUGCAGAAGAAGGUGCCCUCUGAAGCCGAAGACCAAAAAUCGCAAUCGAAUGGUUCAGACGAAUGAAUGAAGACUCAAAUGAGGGAAUCUUCUUUUAAACUUGUAAAUAGAUUAAUUUGACAACCUGUUUUUUUGGGGGGAAUUCAUUUUUUGUUGAUGUUCUUCCUCAUGGCCAUCUAUGUAUAAAUGAUUAUUGAUUGGUUGGUUAUGUUUUCAUGUUACCUCAUGGUUUCCCUUCGAAAAGGGUACAUUCAUUUUGUCUGUUAAACCGAUUAAAGUUGUAUUAUUGAGGUAAAUUGUGAAGCGUUCCAAUAUUGUAAAAAAAAAUCUUAACAAACUUGAUAUUUAAAAAUAGUUACUUGUGUUAAUCUUAAAUUCUUAUGGAAUUAGUUAUUCAUAUUUGUAACAGAAAAUUGGCUUAAAUUCAUUUCCUUUACCUAUUGCUUUGCCAAACAUGCUUGUCUGAAUACCACCGCACCACAUUUAUGCCAGUAUGUGUGAGUUGUACUUAUCUGAGAAAUAAAAUUUGCAAUAAUGAUGUUAUUUAUGUUCAAGUGGAUUCAUAAAGUUUAUAAAAAAAUAUGUUAAACAAUUUUUGGGUAAUGAGCAAUGGGCAAUUUCAAACAAUCUGAUAGAAUAACAGUUAUCUUUCUCUCUGACUGGGCUGUUAACUGAUGUUGCCACUUGUAUGAAUUUCACAGACCUGGCUAGCAGAGUAAAUCGUAUUUUCCAAUAGGAAGCCAUUUACAAAUCUAAGCUGAAUGUUUCACAAAAUAGAAGGAAUUGUUUGAAAAUGAACCUUAAUAUUUUGAGCCCUUAAUUAUUUUGUACUCUAGGAGGUUUGGGGGCUUGUUCUUGAGCUAGACAGGGUAACUUAGCUGAUGUGAUGUAUGGAGUUGGGAAGAUUACCCUAAAUCUAAUGUUUAUGAGCCCAAAGCUGCCCAGUGCACAUUAUUUUUCUAUCGACAAUGUAUGAUUGCCUGUGCAAAAUAUAAAUGGUUCAUUUAAACUCA